AUGAACGUACAAGCCGAUACAGUUGCCUCAUGUCCGGUACCUUUUGGCCCCAAAUCCAAAUUGUGGCGUCCUACUUCUGCUAUCCCGAAACCCAGGUACAAGAAUAAUUCCAUAGAAGUGACUGGGUGCUUGGGAGAAAAGGCAGUAGUAGCGCUAGUAGAUUGUGGAGCAGAAGGGAAUUUUAUACACGAACAGCUAGUCAAUGAGAUAGAAAUAAAGUACAGUAGACCACUGAAUCAAACUGUCUUAUCUCUUGACGGACAUUCAAUUUUGCUUGCUUCUAAAAAGAUAAGAGCCCUCAGGAAACGGCGUGUUCGAGACAAAAAGGAGCUCAAGAUCCCUUUACACCUCAAAACAGGUAAAUGUUUCCCCGUCACUGUAACCGCAGGCUCGCGCCGCUCUAUGCGCCACUUAAAUGAAGCCAAGACAAUCGAAAUGGAUAAAAGAAAACGAGCCCAUGAUGCCCAUACCAGAGCAAAAAAGGUCCGUCGCGCGACAAUUGCAUCUUACGAACAAUUAAGAGUCAUCAUAUCUCAGGUCCACGAUCUCAUCCGCAACAAAAAAGCCGCCCUUGAACCAGAGAGCGACGAUAUGGAAGAUGAGAAUUCAACAACCCCAGUAAAAUGGGAAGAGCCAUACCACUUCCUUGAACUCAACAAAAUCAUAAAAGGAUAA